CCAGAACACCAGAUGCUCCUGUUUCCUCGUGAAGCCAACAAGGCAGAUGCGACUGUACCUGUUUUACAGAUGGGGAUACUGAGGUCUAGAGGGCUGGUGUGCAGCAGAGCCAGAUGAGUCCCCGGAAUGCCUUCAGCUAGCAGGGAGACCUGAGUGUGGGUGCUGGCAAGCCAGGCAGAGGGAGAAGGCAUGGCGGAGGCAUGGAGGUUCCCAAUAAGGCUGCACAGAGGACACCCUUGACCGUGGUGAUGGAGGGGGGCCCAGCAGUCUGCUGCCAGGACCCUCGGGCAGAGUUGGUGGAGCGAGUGGCAGCCAUCGAUGUGGCACACUUGGAGGAGACAGAUGACAGCCCAGAGCCUACCAGGAACUGCGUGGAACCUCCACCACGGGCCAGAGCUGCCUCCAUGAUCCCUGGCGGUGCUUCAAGACACCUCGCAGCCCGGCCCAGCCUCUCGGCUAGAAAGUUCUCCCUGCAGGAGCGGCCAGCGGGGAGCUGCCUGGAGGCCCAGGCUGGGCCUUACGCCACAGGGCCUGCCAGCCACAUCUCCCCACGGGCCUGGCGCCGGCCCACCAUCGAGUCCCACCAUGUGGCCAUCUCAGAUGCAGAGGACUGUGUGCAGCUGAACCAGUACAAGCUGCAGAGUGAGAUUGGCAAGGGUGCCUACGGUGUGGUGAGGCUGGCCUACAACGAAAGUGAAGACAGGCACUAUGCAAUGAAAGUUCUUUCCAAGAAGAAGUUACUGAAGCAGUAUGGCUUUCCUCGUCGCCCGCCUCCUAGAGGGUCCCAGGCUGCCCAGGGAGGACCAGCUAAGCAGCUGCUGCCCCUGGAGCGGGUAUAUCAGGAGAUUGCCAUCCUGAAGAAGCUAGACCACGUGAAUGUUGUCAAACUGAUUGAGGUCCUGGAUGACCCAGCUGAGGACAAUCUCUAUUUGGUGUUUGACCUCCUGAGAAAGGGGCCGGUCAUGGAGGUGCCCUGCGACAAGCCCUUCCCCGAGGAGCAAGCGCGCCUCUACCUGCGGGACAUCAUCCUGGGCCUUGAGUACUUGCACUACCAGAAGAUCGUCCACAGGGACAUCAAGCCGUCCAACCUGCUCCUGGGGGACGACGGGCACGUGAAGAUCGCUGACUUUGGCGUCAGCAACCAGUUCGAGGGGAAUGACGCUCGGCUGUCCAGCACGGCAGGGACCCCGGCGUUCAUGGCCCCCGAAGCCAUUUCUGAUUCCGGCCAGAGCUUCAGUGGGAAGGCUUUGGACGUGUGGGCCACUGGGGUCACGCUGUACUGCUUUGUCUAUGGGAAGUGCCCGUUCAUCGAUGAUUACAUCCUGGCCCUGCACCGCAAGAUCAAGAAUGAGGCCGUGGUGUUCCCCGAGGAGAGAACAGGAUACCUGUGUACUUGCGCUGGAACUCUCUCCUGCACCCGGGCCUUGGGUGUGUUCCCCCUGCUCUCUGACAAGCCAAAGGUCAGUGAAGAGCUCAAGGAUUUAAUCCUGAAGAUGCUAGACAAGAACCCAGAGACGAGAAUUGGGGUGCCAGACAUCAAGUUACACCCCUGGGUGACCAAGAACGGGGAGGAGCCCCUUCCCUCGGAGGAGGAGCACUGCAGCGUGGUGGAGGUGACCGAGGAGGAGGUCAAGAAUUCAGUCAGGCUCAUCCCCAGCUGGACCACAGUGAUCCUGGUUAAGUCCAUGCUGAGGAAGCGUUCCUUUGGGAACCCAUUUGAGCCCCAGGCGCGUAGAGAAGAGCGAUCCAUGUCGGCUCCAGGAAACUUAGUGUCGAAAGACGGGUGUGGUGAAGGAGGCAAAAGCCCGGAGCUCCCUGGCGUCCAAGAAGAUGAGGCUGCGUCCUGAGCCCCUGCAUGCUCCCAGGGCCACCCGGCAGCACGCUCAUCCCACGCCUCCAAAGGCCCACUGCCCUCAUGCCAACAGCCACCCCUGUGGGCAGGGGGCUGGGGACUGUGGCCCCUCUCCCAGCCCUCCUCCCCCGUCGUGCUGCAUGACCUCUGCACAUGUGUCCAGGGACAGCCUUGGAAUGUAUGUCGUCUGGGGUUUGGGGGGUGGGGCUCCAAAAAGGCCUUGCCCCUUGUCCUGGCUCUUCCUGGCGGGACCCAUCCCUUGUGGAAGCUCGGUGCCCAUGGUGCCUUAGAAACCCUACUUGGCUGGUCAGCAAGGCCCAGGGGCGGGAGGCAGGAAACCAAGAUGGCAAGUGGAGGCCUGGUUUGCCACCGCUGCUGAGACCUCCCGCUUGCUGGGGCUGGGAGGUGGACGUGGCUCAGCUGCCACACGCACAAGGAGGGGCGUACCCUGCCCACCUCGGGCGGCGCUGCCAGAACUCUUGUGUGCUGAGAACACUGAUGUGGAGGCUCUGAGCCCUUGGUGGGUAUUCCUGGGCCUCACUGGGGCAGGGGCCCCUCCUGGAGAAUCCAAAUGCCUUUUUUGUGAUCUUCUACUUUUGUGUGUAACUUGGUGGGGGAGGGGGGUGCCAAACCCUGCUUGGGAACAUGUCACCUGAGGUCUCCUCUAGCUUUGGGUUGUUCCCAGCACACCCCCCAUUGCUUGGCAGCCAAGUGGACUGGACUGACCUUCCUGAAUUGUGUUGCACACGCGACCCUGUCUGGAGAACAGGCUGAGUUGAGGCUCUGAGCAGAGGCCUGAGCAGGAGCACAACCCUUCGCUGCCCGCCUCCCUCCCUCCCACCUGGGACCUGACAUCAACCGAGGGCCCUGGACUCCCAAGGCUGGAGCCUUGCAGAUGCCAAAGUAACUGGAAGCCAAUCUUCGAUCCUCCCCGUCUGGCCCUGGAAGCUGCCCUCACAUUCCAACGAUGCAGGACCAACUGUCCAGGUUGGAGGCCACACUAGAGGCGGGACCCUUGUGAGGUGCUGGCAGGUGGCCACGGAGCGGGGGGCCCACCUUCCGCUGCUGCCUCCCCCAGGAGUCGCUACUCCGCCUGCUCAGAGAUCAGUGCUUGGCUGGCUGGCUUGGCCUUGACUGAUCAAAUGUUCAAGAGACUGAGCCCCAAAGGAAAAUCAAGCAGGACUUGGACACCUGCCCUGCAAAUAUGGGCUGAACGAGGGAUUUCAGUCACCCGCUUGGGGUUCCUGUUGCAGGAGCGCUUUGUCAAGACGGGAAGGGAGCGGGCCUGGAGGAUUGCCACAUCUUGCGUGUCUCCGUGCCUGUGGGUGUUUGCCGCGCCUCCACGCACACACGCCCGUGCGUGCCCAUCUGCUGCGCACAGCAUGUCUUGCACCUGCACAUGCAUCUGUAAUAUAGUUUCUAUGUCUA